AUGUUCAGCUACAAGUCUGAAGAUCCUCCAAAAUGCCAUUGGAACUGUCGAAGGCUUCCUCUCAACUCUCUCCCAGCACAGCUGAAAGAAAUGCUCGUCGAGAAGCUGCCGAUAACUUCGUGCACAUCGUUGAUGAAAGUGAACAAGAGAUUGAGAGGAUUUCUCAUUCAAUGUGACCUUUUUCGGAAACGGAGAAUCCAGAAGAUCCGUCUUACCUCGUAUCGAUCGAACACCAUUUUUGUGGAGAUCCGGGACGACGACUCUCUGGCCAAUCAAAUCGCCAUCUUCUACAACUUCAACAAUCAAUUCGUCGAGGUCGAAGGGGCAAAAGUUUGUAGAUCGGAAAAUGGCGUCUGUGUCCCAAAAAACCCACUCCCAAACCUGCUCAAAUCGAUCAAGUAUUGCGAGUGUCUAUCGGUCGAUGAAUGGUUGCAGCACUCGAUUCUCCCGCUACAUAUUGCCUUCGCUAGGGUCUUCGAGUUCACUCCUCAGGGAUCUCUCUCGGUUUCUCUCAGACGUCAUCAAUCCAUCAUUACAACAAUGAAGUCUCUGUGGCUUUGGUUUAGCUCUUGUGAUCAUUUCAAGAAAGCCAUCCGAGAGAUCUUCCCGAAAGAGGGGAACGGCACCGAGGCGCUGCUCUCGACGGCGAUUCCCCCACCAGACUACUUGGGUCUUGUGUCCUAUUCGAGCGAUAGUUGUACAUGGGAUAUUCUGAGAGGAAAUGAUGAGAUUGCAAGUGUCGAUGAGGAAGAUCGACGAAACGUGAUACUCGACGAGUACAAUGAGCAUCGGUGGAUGAAUAAGGAAUGGCUAGAGAAAAAGAGUGACUUCAUCUCAAGGGACAUGCGCGAGUUGAGGGAGAGACAAUGCCAAUACCUAAAUGUUCUUGAAAAUGCCACGAGAGGAUACGCGAUAAUUCUGUGGGAGAGAAAGGAGAAAGGCAAGGAAAAAAGGCUUUAUCUCGUUUGUUUUUUCUUACGU